AUGGGUGUCUCUGGACUGCUGCCGCUCCUCAAGUCCAUACAGCACCCCUUGGAGCUGAAGAAAUGCAAGGGUGAAACGCUCGGCGUGGAUGCGUACGGCUGGCUGCACCGUGCCGCGUACUGCUGUGCCGUCGAGCUGGGCCAGGGCAAACCCACCAAGAAGUACAUCAACGCGGCGAUGCACCGCGUCCGCAUGCUUCGUCACUUUGGCAUCACCCCCUACAUGGUCUUCGACGGCGACUAUCUCCCCAGCAAGGCGGCCACUGAGGAAUCCCGAGCACAAAAACGAGACGAAAGAAAGAAGCUGGCCCAUGAGCUUCUCAAGGCGGGAAAGCCCACCCAGGCAACCCAGGAGUUCCAGAAAUGCAUCGACAUCACGCCCGAGAUGGCGUCGGCCGUGAUUCAGCAGCUCAAGGAGAUGGGCGUCCCGUACGUCGUGGCCCCGUACGAGGCGGACGCGCAGCUGGUCUACCUCGAACGCCAGGGCCUCAUCAGCGGCAUCAUCUCGGACGACUCCGAUCUCCUCGUCUUCGGAGCCAAGAGGCUGCUCACGAAGCUCGACCAGUACGGCAACUGCACGGAAAUCAAGCGGCGCGACUUUUGCGCGUGCCGCGAGGUCUCGCUGACGGGCUGGACGGAUGCCGACUUUCGACGCAUGGCCAUCAUGAGCGGCUGCGACUAUCUCAGCGGGCUCCCGAGCGUCGGCCUCAAGACGGCGUACCGCAUGCUGCGAAAGUGCAAGACGCCCGAGCGUGUCGUUCGCAUGCUUCAGUUUGAAGGGAAGCGCGUCUCGGAGAACUACAUGACGCAGUUCUACCAGGCGGAGCUGACGUUUCUGCACCAAUGGGUGUUUUGCCCGACGAAAAAGGAGCUCGUGCACCUGACGGAGCUGGGAGAGUCGAGGACGGCCGAGGAGAUGCCAUACAUUGGCGCGUACGUUGAGCCGGCCCUCGCAAAUGCCAUUGCGGCUGGCGACGUCAAUCCCAUCACCAAGGAACCGAUCCGGGCCCAGACGACCCCGUCCAAGCGGAGACACUCCCAGACCCUGGCAACGCUCCCCAGCAAGCCGCCUGCGAAGCCCAUCGGCUCGUACUUCAAGGGGCACUCCCGGGUCCCAAUGGGCGAGAUGGACCCGAAUUGCUUCUCUGUCGACCCUCAACGAGUCGCGCAGCUUACGGAUGGUGGAAUGGUGCCCCGUGUCUUUCCACUACCUCGGCCGUAUCUGGACGAGACUGGCGCUCCUACAAACACCACCUCCGCGAGAGCGGCUACGGCCCCGCGAACCUCGCCUCGUCUUCAACGGUGGCGAACGGAGCCCAUCACCAACAUGCUUGCUUCGCUCUCGAGCAGCACCGCACCGGCGCGGUCGACUUCGAAUGGCGUGAGCGCGUCCACCGGCCCCGUACAACAGGGAGAGGCUGCCAACAGGCCGAAGAAGAAGGCCCGGCUUUGUCAGGAGGUCGACGACGGCUCGCCCAAGAACAGCAAGUUCUUCUCUGUUCCGCAGCGCAAGAGCCCCAGACGAGCCAAGAGCGAUGCGUACCUUUUGUCCGAUGACUCCAUCGAGGAGGCUCUCCGCGAUCUUCCUGAUAUUGACGGAUGGAAGCCGGCCACGAAACCCGUCAAGUCCAUUGCCAUAUUCAACGACAACAGCCAGGACACGAGCCAGGACACGCAGACCACGACCACCGAAUCGCAGCAGACGGAUGCCCUGAGCAACGAGACACCCAGCUCGUCGAUCGAGGUCACGAUGCCGCCCCCACCUUUGACCAAGUCGCUCUCGCAGCAGUCUCAGACAUCCCGAACGCCCGUCCGUCGCAGCCUGAGCCGCUUUUCCUUUUCCUCGCAAUCCUCGAACACGCCCGCCUCUUCCAUGUCUCAGCAGUCGUCCAUUUUCAGUGCUGCAUCCACCGCCUCCACGGCCCCCUCCACCGGCCGGUCGAGGCUCACUCCUCUUCAGCGCCUGGGCGCCAGAGCUGCAAACACCGCUGCGUCUCCGCACAUGACAAGGUCGAAACCGACGGGACAGCUUCCCGGCAAAGGGCUGCCCGUCAACCCGUCGUUUGUUCCCCUGCCCAAGGUGGAUCUCGACGAGGUGGAGGCGCUCAACAAGCCCUGCGGCAGCGAGGAUCAGCUUGUGCCCGACAGCGACGGCGAGGCCGAGGACGAGGUGGAGCUGCCCCCCAAGAAGCUCAACCUUUCCCGCUUCGCGUUUGCUUAG